AUGGCUAAUAUGCCUUUUAGGCAUGUGGACCAAGCUAUUUUAUCUGAAGAAGAGCGUCUUGUUGUUAUUCGCUUUGGUCGUGAUGGGGAUGAAGAAUGUAUGAGGCAAGAUGAAGUUUUAUAUAAAAUAGCAGAAAAAGUUGUCAAUUUUGCUGUUAUUUAUCUUGUCGAUAUUGAUGAGGUUCCGGACUUUAAACAGAUGUAUGAACUUUAUGAUCGUUGCACAAUUAUGUUUUUUUACAGAAAUAAACAUAUGAUGAUUGAUUUAGGAACAGGAAAUAAUAAUAAAAUUAAUUGGGCGCUUGAAGAUAAACAAGAAUUGAUCGAUAUUUUUGAAACUGUGUACAAGGGAGCACGUAAAGGAAGGGGAUUGGUUAUUAGUCCUAAGGGUUUGGAUCUUAUUAUUAUUAUUAUUUUGAUUUAG